AUGUUACAAAAAUGUAUAUUUGUAAUACUGGUGCUGGCAAAUUGUAUUCUAGUUCGUGCCACAAAAUUCGAUUAUUUUGAAGAAAUAAAUCCGCAAUAUAAACAACAAUUGCUACGCUAUGCAAAAUCGGCUGAAAUGCGUAAUUAUAUGGAUGAAUCGGUGGAUCCCUGUGAUGAUUUUCAUAAAUUUGCCUGUGGCAAUUAUCAGCGUUUGAAUCCACCGAAUUACUAUCCCUAUGUAAAUAAUCCCUUCGAGAGUAUUUCAAAUGCCUUGAGUCGUAAAAUAUCUGCAGUGCUGAAAGAUGAUUCCGAUGCGGACACCUUGGCUGAAAUGAAAGUUAAAAACUUCUAUGAAUCGUGUAUGAAUGUGGCCAUACUGCGCUAUACCUAUCGCGACAAGUUGAUUGACAUUAUUCAAGAAUUUGGUAGAAUGCCAGCAUUGGGCGGCGAAGAAAUGUGGCUGGAAUACGAAUUCGAUUGGUUGGAGACAAUUGCGGAAAUUGCCCAUAAAUAUGAUAUACGCAUUAUAUUGGGUUUUGAGGUGAAGGUAGAUAGUGCCAAUAGUCGGAUACAUCGUUUGCAUUUGACAAUGCAAGAAUUGCCAUUGGGUUCGAAGCUGAUAUACACUCGGCCGGAACAUGAAGUCUAUAGGAGAAUGCGUAAGCUGAAUAUUGCCGAAUUACUAAAGACCUUGCUGGGGGUGGAAGAAAAUCUUGCCAAACAAAUUGCCCUUGAAAUCUUCGAAUUUGAAGUUCUCUUGGCUGUGGGGCGAACCAGUACAAAUCGAACAUUGUUUACACAAACCCUCCGCACAGCGGAUGAUAUGCAACAUAAAUAUUUUCCUUACUUCGAUGUAAAGAAAAUGUUGAACAUUUUAUUGGGAUACAUACCCACAGCGAAAAUCUAUGACCUCAAUUCUUUCGAUGCCGAGAAUAUUAUAGACGCCGUACGCAGCACACCAAAACGCAUUGUGGCAAAUUAUAUAUUUUUCAAUCUAUUGGAACAUUUUAUGCUGAUCAAACCCAAAGUGACGGAUGAACUGGAUCAUUUGUGCCUCAUGAAAACGAAAAGGUAUUUCAGCAGUCUUAUGGAUGAUAUGGUCUAUCGGAAAUAUAUAACCCCCCGCAUGGAAGAAGAUGUUCAACAAAUGUGGCACACUAUUAAGGCCAGCUUUCAACGUGCCUUGGAUUCGGUGAGGUUAAGCUGGAUGCGGCCGCUAACAAGGUAUAUGGCCAAGUUGAAAUUGGACUCCAUGAAAUUGGAAAUCAACUCUCACAAAGAUAUCGAUUUUGAUUUGGAAUUUCAAAAUCUCACCAUUAAUAAACAUGAUUUGGUGAGAAAUCUAAGAGAGAUUUUCAUUUGGAAAGCCAAUCAGACAAGACUGAGAUUAAGGGAAGAGCCACGACCCCACUAUGAAGCGGUAAUGUCAUUUUCCCCUGCCUAUAUUUUAACCGAAAAUCUCAUCAAAGUACCCGUGGCCAUGCUGCAACCCUAUUACCUUUGGUCCGAUUCAUAUCCAAAUGCUUUGAAAUUUGCCACCUUGGGGUUUUUUAUCUCCCACGAAGUCAUACAUGCCUUUGAUGAGGAGGGUCGGAUGUUCGAUGCCAAUGGCAAUAAUCGUCAAUGGUGGGAUUUCUAUACUCAGGAGCAUUUUAUCCGCGGUACCCAAUGUUUUCGCAAACAAUAUCAUUCAUACAUCCACAAUGGACGACAUUUAUCCGAAAUUGUUUCGCAGUCGGAAAAUAUUGCCGAUAAUGGUGGCAUCCGUUUGGCCUUUGAAGCCUACACCGAUUGGUAUCAUCGUUCUCGGUUAAAUAUUGAAAUGGAAAUGUUACCACGUUUUAAUUUCACUGGAAAGCAGCUAUUUUUCAUUUCAUAUGCCCAGCUAUGGUGUAGUUCAACGCAUCCGAUGUUAAGUAAUUAUGUAACAACAAUUGAUGAACAUGUUCCCGACAGAUUUCGUGUUAUUGGUCCCCUUUCGAAUUUCGUUGAAUUUUCUAAAGAAUUUUCAUGUAAUUUAGCGAGUCCCAUGAAUCCAUAUGAUAAGUGUAUUAUAUAUUAA